UCAAACAUGGCAGGUAAAGGGGGGAAACAGAGUCGUUCGGGCUCUGGCCUGUCAGGGAGAAAAGGUGCCGGGGAGCAGGAGGAAGAGGAGCACCCGCUGCAGGCUGUCCUGGUCGCAGACAGCUUCAAUCGGAGGUUUUUCCCGAUAACUAAAGACCAGCCGAGGGCAUUACUACCGUUGGGCAAUGUUGCUAUGAUUGACUAUACUCUGGAAUUCCUGACUUCGACUGGGGUACAAGAAACAUUUGUCUUCUGCUGCUGGAUGUCCAAUAAGAUCAAGGAACAUUUACUGAAAUCAAAAUGGUGUCGCCCCUCUUCUCCAAAUGUGGUGCACAUCAUCACCUCAGACCUUUACCGCUCCCUAGGCGACGUGCUGAGGGAUGUAGAUGCCAAGUCGCUUGUGCGUUCCGACUUUGUGUUGGUGUAUGGAGAUGUGGUAUCAAAUAUUGACAUCAGUCAGGCACUCCAGGAGCACAGGCAUCGACGGAAAAUGGAGAAAAACAUCUCAGUGAUGACCAUGAUCUUCAAGGAAUCAUCACCAGGUCAUAAGUCUCGCUGUGAGGAGGAUGACAUCAUUGCUGCUGUAGACAGCAAGAGCCAGCGGAUCUUGCACUACCAGAAGACACAAGGGCUCAAGAAGCUACAGUUUCCAAUGAACAUUUUCCAUGGUGGAAGUGAUGAGUUUGACAUCAGAUAUGACCUUUUGGACUGUCACAUUAGUAUCUGCUCCCCACAGGUUGCGGAAUUGUUCACAGACAACUUUGACUACCAAUCAAGGAAUGACUUUGUUAAAGGGAUUUUGGUCAAUGAAGAGAUCCUUGGCAACCAGAUACACAUGCAUGUCACUAGAGAUGGUUACGGUGCCCGAGUGUCCAAUUUGCUGAUGUAUGACUCUGUGUCGUCGGAUCUGAUCCGGCGAUGGAUCUAUCCCCUCACACCAGAGGCAAACUUCACCGAUCAGAAAGGCCCAGGUUGCACACACUCUCGCCACAAUGUCUACCGGGGUUCAGGAGUCAGUCUAGGCCACGGCAGUCAGAUGGAGGAGAACGUUCUGAUUGGCUGUGACACAAGCAUUGGCGCCAAUUGUCAUAUCUCCAACAGUGUCAUCGGCAGCAACUGCUCCAUAGGUGACAAUGUGAAGCUAGACCGGGCCUACAUCUGGAAUAACGUUCACAUUGCUAGCAACGUAGCCAUCAGCCAGUCCGUGGUCUGUGAUAAGGCUGAGGUCAAAGAGGGUGUCAAGCUUAACAAACAGUGUGUCCUGGCAUACAAUGUGGUAAUUGGACCAAACAUCUCUCUCCCCGAGGGCACUGUAGUGUCCAUGCACCACCCAGAAGAAGAGGAGGAUGACGAUGAUGAAUUUUUGAGUGAUGAAGGUGACAUUGGUCACAGUAAAGACAAAACCAAACAGAAUGCAUUUAACCCAUUGGAGGUUGGAACACAGGGGAAAGGUUACAUCUGGAAGGCUGGCAGUCUCGAUGACACAGAAGAGGAAGAGUUGUCUCAGUCUCUUUGGGGGUUGAUUAUGAACCCGGACCCUGAGAGUGAAAGUGAGGCCAGUGAGCCCGAUGACCCAGACGAUCUAGUCAUCCCCUCCCCUGAAAUGGACGAUGUCAAAGUCUUCCAGAUGGAGGUCCUUGGGACUCUGCAGAGAGGGCUGGAAGAAAACAUCAGCUAUGACCAUCUCGUGCUGGAGAUCAACUCUUUAAAGUAUGCCUACAACAUCACUCUGAAAGAGGUCAUGCAGAUUCUGACCAGAGUAGUUCUGGAGUUUCCAUUCCAACAGCAGGGCCCACAGCUCACCACACCCCAAUACAGUGCUCUCCUUCUGCCUCUGCUGAAGAAAUGGGCACCGGUCUUUAAAAAUUAUGUGAAGAGAGCGCAGGACCAUCUGGACUGCCUGUCUGCCUUUGAGGAAUACUUCCUAGAGCAAGAGAGUCACUGGGGAGCUAUGGUUAAGGUGUUAAUGACCAUGUACCAGCUGGAGAUCCUGGAGGAGGAAAUAAUACUGCGCUGGUUCUCCCAAGGAGCCACCACAGACAACAGCAGACGACUCCGCAAGAAUCAAGGGCUUCAGAAGUUCAUCAAGUGGCUAGAAGAGGCAGAGGAGUCAUCAGAAGAGGAAGACAAAUGACGAAGAGCACCGGAGGGGGUGGGGGAGGACAGACAAAACUCUGAACUUUCAAGACUGUUCAAAGAAGGUUCAUC